AUUCUACAGUCCACCCGUACGUUUUUGUACCUACAUGUACAGUAUGUACAGUGAGGGAAGAUUUACAUCUUUAGGGUAAAAAAAGUGGAUGUUACAGCACAUGUAUGUAGUGGGUAAUACGAGAGAUUUAUAGCAAUGCCAUUCGGUGCUCAUUGCUCGAUCAGUUUGGAAUCUUGUACACAGAGAUGUUGAGUGUGUGUCCAUGACUUCAGUCGUUAUCUUCAGGUUAUGGUUUAUUUUUUCCAUUGUGGAACUGAAGGGAGGUUGUUUGCUUCUAACAUGUACAUGUAUAACUAGGUUAGCCUGUUACUGGCGUUGUGCCUUCAUAAUGACAACGAUGCAUGCCCGUCAGGAUGAUCAGGUGCACCGCCCAUUGUGCAUGGAUCAGUUCCAUCAGUGUACUGUUAGUCUGCUACAUAACAGCUGUGCUGCCUGUCUGGUUUGUGCAGUUGCUACUGAUAGAGAUUUCUGAGAAAACUGGGUACUAAUAUUUCACACUCGAACGUAAUCGCUAAGUACAUGUACCGUUACACAUAAUGGCCGGAGCGGUGAUUAUCAGUUCAUAUCGUACCAUCUUGGAACGGAUCUCAACUGCACUGACUGAAAGGAAUGGGAAGAAAGUGGCUGCAGUUGUCUUAGCCUUGAUUCUUACUUGUCAUGGAUUUAGACGAUACUACUAUGGAAGGGAUACCUGCAUGGAUCUCAUGAAUGGAGGGAGAUACCUAGGACCCAAUGUAUGGCAGCCAGCAGGUUGUAUGAUGCAUCAGUACACCGUACCAGAUUCUUCCAAAUGCCUGGAGGGACAGCGAGUGCUAUUCAUUGGUGAUUCCAGGAUGAGACAGCUGUAUUUCUCGUUUGCUCAGAGGGUGACGUCGGACAAUUUAAAGGAAGGAAAAUAUCAUGAAAACCUGCAACACACUAACUCAGUCACGGGUGCCACAAUAGAAUUCCUUUGGCAGCCAGAAAUGAAUGACUCGUUAGUUAAAGAGUACUCUGCUAAAGUAUCUGCCUCUGCAAAGCCUGUACUUGUUGUCCUGGGAGUGGCAACAUGGACCAUUAAACUUCACAACGCUGCUCUGGAGGCAUGGCAGCAGUAUAGAGUGAACAUGACACAGCUGCUGCCAGCAUUGCUUCAGACAGAGAAGGGAACAAAAGUGGUGUGGAUGAUGCAAGCACCGGUUCAGGAGUCAUUGCUCAGUUCAAGUCGUAGAAUGAUCAGUAACAAGCAGCUAGAUCUCUACAAUACUGCGGCAGCAGAUGUCUUAGCUAAUUCAGGUGUGUACCUGUGGUAUUCAGCAAUAGAAGUUUCCAAUAAAUCAGAGGCAGGCACAAUAGAUGGAAUACACCUGAACAGUGAGGCACUUCACACUGAUACACAACUCUUACUCAACUUGGUGUGUAAUUCUAAAACUCGUUCACCGGACACAUCAUGCUGUACUGGUGAAAGCUUUGUUCCUAACCUGCUACAGAUGCUGACUUUCUGUUUCUUCAUCUCGUGUGGUGUAAUUUCUGUGGGCCUUAGAGCACGUUUAAGACACAUCGCCACCCAACCUGUCCCCGAACCUGCCUCCGUUAAUGCAGCAAAUCUCCACAAUCAUGUCCAGCCAUCACAAGAGGGCACUGUGUGCAGAGACCCUGAGUCUAGUAACACUGCACAGAAAGCCAGCGAUCUUGUGCAGGUGCAUAAAUUAACCAGCUCCUUGGCAAAGUUUGGAAUCAUUCUGCUGUAUUUCUUCCUAGCUGACAGGACGGAUUUCCUCUACAAAGAGCAGAAGUUCUUCACCUACAAAUCUUUCUUUAUUCCACUGGUAUAUGUCCUUGUUCUUGGAUUGUUCUUUGUUAAAAAAGUUUCCAAGCCGGUUGUACUGAAUGUCCCUCAGACCACAGAAUGGAAAGGAUGGAUGCAGUUAGCAAUCCUGAUAUAUCACAUCACAGGAGCUAGCAGGAAAAUUCCAAUCUACAUGCAUAUCAGGAUUCUGGUGGCCAGCUAUCUGUUUCAGACUGCUUAUGGUCAAUUCACUGCCAGCUGGGACAAACAGAAAUUCGGUUUAGUGAGAGUGUGUCAGGUUUUGUUCAGGCAGAAUUUGUUAGUAGUCUCACUGUGUUUGGUUAUGAAUAGACCGUAUCAGUUCUACUACUUUGUGCCUCUGGUGUCAUUCUGGUAUCUACUUAUCUACACGACCAUGGCAUUACCUCCAAGAGUCACACAGGAGUCAGCAUCAGCUCAUCCAUCUCAUUAUGUUUACAUGUUACUGAAGAUUGGAGUUUUCUUCACUAUUUGUGUGACCGUGUCAAUGUCUGAAAUUUUCUUCAAUUCUUUGUUCAAUUGGUGGCCAAUAAACACGUUGUUUUAUUGGCCUGGCCAAAGUCUGCAUGAGUGGUGGUUCCGUUGGCGGUUAGACAGAUUUAUCAUAAUUUAUGGUAUGCUGUUUGCCAUGGGCUACAUCCAUCUACGUGUAACCAACAGGCUAAAUGAUAGCCACUCAGACAAUCUGUUCUCUACAGCUUGGACUGUUGUCAGUAACAUCGUUGGGUUUAUUUUUAUUGCAAUAUACACCGUCCAUUCUUUUAUGUGUAGCAGCAAGCCAGAUUGUAAUGAAGUGCAUACCUUCAUCAGUGCAUUGCCGAUAACAGGUUUAGUGAUUCUAAGGAAUAGCUCUGGUUCCUUACGGACGCGGUACAGCACUUUCUUUGCCUGGUUCGGAACAAUAUCCCUGGAGCUGUUUAUCAGUCAGUAUCACAUCUGGCUGGCUCAAGACACCAAGGGAAUCUUAGUUCUCAUCCCAGGCCAUCCAAGUCUUAAUCUUCUCGUCUCAACGUUCAUCUUCAUCUUCAUUGCUCACGAGAUUUCUUGUUUGACUGCCGAGAUCAGUAAAUGUGUUGUAUCCGAGGACUACGCAACCACAAGGAAUCGCUGUCUUGCAUUUCUGGUCUUCCUGGGAUUGCUGUUAGCAUAUUCCACGUAUGGUUGAGCUCCAGCAUUCAUUCUCAUAUUCAUCAUUAGUACUUAGACUAAAUAGGUUAAGUUUGGAAGCACUCAAGUUACAUUGUAUAUGUGUAUUGCCACAUAGAGUGUAAAAUUACAGGGUGUGAGUGAAAGGAGCAGUUUGGUGCUGUGUCAGUUUGAAUCUUUUUAGAUUAUCCACUGUAUAUGUAUGUACAUGUAGGUGUUUUGUCUACUAAAUAACAUUACCAUAAUUUAAUUUGGAUGAGUUCUGUCUUAGUUGAUGCAAAUUUCUGUGGUAAAAAUUACGCAGUUUUAUUAAGGACUACCUGAAAUUAUAAUCAGCUCACAGGUUGUCGUUUAUAAAACAUGAAUUUGUAGAUAUUUGGACUUUUAAGUGAAUUCCCUGAAAUUUAGCAUGAUUAGGAAUUGAUUACUGAUUCAUGACAAUGUUAAGGAACCAAGAUUUAAUAGAACAAAGUACACUAGCUUGCCAUUUGUACAGGUCAGGACAAUUUGAUACAUAUACCUGUGCCAAAGUCUUGAAAUUUAAUGCCCAUGCUGUUGCCAGAAAGAUCAAUAUUCUUUUUUUUUAUUCAUGACCCAAUACAAUGACUAUACCAAAAAAGUGGAAUUGUGUAAGUUUGCAUUAUGAUAUAUGUAAUGGAAGCAGUUUGAAAACUAUUCUUCAGAUGGUGGUCAGACACACUUUACUGUUUUUGAAGAUGAAUUGAGAGCAUUUGACCAUUUAGGAGCGUUCAUAUUGUAACGUUUUAAUGGUAAGAGCCAUCACAAAUGGAUUGGGACGUAUGGGUCAAAAGGGAUGGGAGAACGGGUGAGUUCGUAGGAUGGUUUGGUUGGGGGUGGAGACAGGAAUCUUCCGAAUGCUGUGUGGUACCAGAGAUUUAGAUGAGUACAGUUGUGACCAAAGAUCGUAUAGCGCCGCGUUGCAGCGCAAGAUGGAGAACUUCACCACAAAUACACGUAAAACGUUGUAAUCGCAUAAGCGCCAUUUGAGCAGGCGAUACGCCUGCGCAAUGCACAUUACUGCAUAGGCGCAGGCACCGUGGCAGGCACGUCCACCUGGUGAGCCUGCACCGAAGCAUUACCGUAAACCACGCAGGCAUAUUGCUUGCUCAAAUGGUGCCCGUGGUAAUUACACCUUUUGGGCAGAAUUAUCCAUCUUGCGCCUUCGGCGCUGUACGAUCUUUGGUUGUGACAAUUAGUGGGGUAGUUGACGACCAGGUGGUUUCUGUGUAGCGCCCUUUAUUGUAAACAAAUAACCAGUCAAUAAAAGUCUCUCGUAACGAUGUUAAA